CCCCUGACUUAGCGACCACUUCCCCUGAAUCCUUGCACCUGGCUGCUGGCCCAGCAGCAAUGAAAGUGAAGUCAAUGCGUGCAGGGAGGGAGGCAAUCAUGAUGCCAGUGCAUUCCCACUGUUCGCGGGGUGGAAUGGGUGGGCGCAGACGGGAGUUUAACAUGGCCUCUCCUUCCAGCCUCACGACAAGGCCGCCCCAGGCCCCGUCAGACAUUCUUUUCUAUUCACGUAUAUACCCAGAUCUUCAACAGCCAGAACACAGAAACUUGAAAGCCUCCCGCCGUCCAACAACCAGACCUGCAGAUCGCCGCCCGUGUGGUUGCAAUGCGCUAAGCUGGAUCCAGCAGUUGGGCUGCUUCUUCCAAGGCCCACUAUCCCCAGACCGAUCGCGACCGCAACCGCCCUCAAAGCGAUAAUAGAUCCCGCCUGUGCCUCUCCUCCUUCACCCUGCCGUCCUCGCCGCCCCUCGACAGGCACAUGGCUCCUGGCCUGUCGUCAGCCCUCCCCCAGCCGCCCUCCCCAACCCCUCCCCUUCUCGUCGAGCCACCCCCUGACGACGACGACCCCGACGCCGAUAUCGAAAUCGACCUGGACGCCGACCUCGACCGCCCCCUCUCGCGAUCCAGCGCCACCAGCAGCACCGCCAACUGGAAUGACAUAGGCGGCCUGCUGCCCUCCCCCAGGAACAGCGCCGCCUUCCUCAGCCCCGACACGCCACGGAGCAUUCGCCGACCAGCCAGCACCAUGUCCACAGAGUCGGCCCUCUCCGAGAAUGGCCUCGUCCCAGCGGCGACGGCCCCGGGGCCCUUCAACUUCCAGACCCAGUCCAUGUCCACCUCGCCCGUGAGGUCGAAUAUUGGCCAGCGUCGUGGUCACCGUUACAAACACUCCUCCAUAAGCGCCCAACACCAGAUCUUCCAGGAACCACCGCCGCGGGCGCCGCCCGUCCUCCCAGCCUCCCUCCCCGUUCCCACGCUCAAGGAGGCCUGGGGGUCGAUGCACAAGGACCAGCGGGCCCGGCUGUACUGGAGCAUGUGCCACGCCUGCGUGGCCGGCUAUGUCUUCUUCAGCGCGGGCGGCUCCCUCGCCAUGACGGCCCUGUCGCACCUGGUCUUCUUCGACGUCGGCUCCGCCGCCAUCUGCGUGUGCGUCGACGUGCUGGGCAACUUCGAGGUGUGGCGGCGCAGCUCCAUACGGCACCCCUUCGGCCUGCAGCGCGUCGAAGUGCUGGCCGGCUUCGCCAUGAGCGUCUUCCUGGUCUUCGGCGGCUUCGACCUGCUGAGCCACAACUUCAAGCACGUCCUCGAGAGCAUGGGGUCGCACGCGCCGCACCACCCCCACGGCCACAGCCACGGCCACGGCCACGGCCACGGCGGGGCCGACGGCGACGCCGCCGUGAGCGCCGGCACCGUCGACCUGGCCACCCUGGCCGCCGUGCUCAGCACCCUCGUGUCGGCGUACGGGCUCAAGAACCACGCGCGCAUCCGCCGCGUCAUGCGGCCCAGCUACUUCUCCUCCUUCCUGCCCGAGAUCCUCGCCAACCCCUUCCACUCCCUCACCCUGUUCUUCAGCUUCCUGAUGCUGCUCCUCCCUGCGCUGCCGGUGGGGUCUUUCGCCUGGCUGGACAAGCUCAUCUGCGUCGCAAUCGCCGUGUCCAUGUUCGUCCUGGGCAUGCGCCUCGCCGUGGCCCAGGGCUUCAUGCUGCUCAUGUCGUACAACGGCCGCCAGCACCGGCCCAGCACCUCUUCUUCUUCUUCUUCUUCUUCCGCGGCAGUGGGGGCGACGGCUUCGGCCCUUGGCGGUAGCAGCAGCGACGCGGACGCCGUCGUGCGCGAGAUCGAGUCCGAGCCCAACGUGGCGCGUGUCGAUGAGGCCCAGUUCUGGCAGGUCCACUAUGGCCUGUGCAUGGCCACGCUCAAGCUGUGCGUGAACCGCGGCUGUGACGAUGCCGCCCUGAGCCAGCUGCGCCAGCGCGUCGCCCGGAUCGUGCAGAACAGGCUGGGCGAGGGGUAUGGCAAGGGAGGGGCGCUCCGGUGGGAGGUUACGCUGCAGACCAGUACGGAUGCAACGUGAAUGACAUGAUAGGCGCAGCGAGUCUUAUUCUUGUUUUUCUGUUUUCUCACCUACACUUUCCGGUAGCAAGCGGUAGAUUUGUACGAGACUCAUCAUGAAUGACAAGCUGCCCUCCAUGGGCCGAAUAGACUUUAUGGACAAACUUGGUCCAGCUUCUAGGAAACGCGAGCGAGCGAGCGAGCGAGUGUGCCCCCGGAAGCGGAAAGGAAACAUCUGAUGUUUGACAUGACCUGCCAGAGUACAGUCGUGUACUUGUAGUCCACAGAUUCGUAAGCAUGGAUGACCACGCGACAGAAUGUACGACCUUGAGGU